AUGGGCUCCUGGCACCUUAGAGUACCUCUUCCAAGUUGCAGCUCCUCAAUUUCGCCACAGCAGGAACUGGCCUUGCAUCAAAUAGGUGCAACUGCAGAAAACUUGCGACAUGGCGGUUUCGUGCACUCAUCAUUUAUAAUGGAAGCCACCUUACGUCACCUAUCCCUAGUGGGAGCAAGUUAACUUCCCUAUAUAGAGCACCACAGCCAGAAUUAGCCUUUCAGCAAACAACCCCAGUAGCUCCACAGUAUCCUUUUAAUACCGUUGUAACGUGGCAUUCAGGUAUGUGGCUACACAAAUACGCAGUAGUGGUCCUGUAGCCAUACGUAAAGAAUUGUGACGGUUGUGGAAGUUCGUUCGCUGAUAAAUACAGGAGCUCUCCUCACAACUUUGUUGUCAACCACGUAGAUAGGAGAAUUACUGGAAAGAAUGACUACACAGGGAAGUCGCUCUACGGCAGGGAUUUCUCAACACAUAUUACCACUUCGUAAAAGCCACAUCUAGAGUAAAAAUCCAGAGUACCCAGGAAGUGUUUACAUUUCAACAGCCCUGUACCUUUCGGGUUUGAACGAGGAACAGCGUGUUCUGUUACAAUCUUGUGACUUAGAUUUACUCUUUCAUUAG